UUUGCUUUGUUACGAGCCGCCUACAGUUAGUCUUCUCAGCCUGACAUAUGGUAACGACGGGGAAAAGGAAGAUUCCGGACCGCAUGAACAAAACAAAAGAUUAAACCCAAUCGUAGAUCUUGCCUCCAACAGUGAAACCCCCCCUCCCAUUUAUCAAGUCACAAGACAUUACCCUAUCCAAAUACCUUUCUUGAGACAAUCCAUACAAACACAAAGAAAAGAAAGAAAAAAAAAUGGCAGCUCCAACACAAACCAAAGACCUUAUAACCUGCCACGUCCUCGACCAGACCCGCGGUCAACCCGCGCGGGGUAUGCGCGUGCGCCUGGAGCUGACGCCCUCGACAUCCUCUUUUGCGCCCAACUCAUCAUCUUCAUCUACUUCAAACAUCAAUAACAACAACGCCGACGCCCCCACGGCAACACUCCACCACCACCAUCACCCGUCAGCGCCGGCAAAGACUUUCGAGUCUCAGACCGACGACGACGGCCGCGUCAAGACUUGGCUGCCCUACAGCGCCGACAACGACAGCGGCGAGGUCCCGGUCUACACUCUCGACGAUGUCUUGGGGGAGCUGGCCGCCGCUGGCAAGAGCAGGUGGACCCUGAGGUUCGACACGGGCUCCUACUUUGGGGCAGGCAACACCUUCUUUCCCGAGGUCGCUGUCGUUUUCGAGGUCCAGCCCGGCCAGAAUUACCAUGUUCCGCUGUUGCUGAGUCCUUACGGGUACAGCACAUAUCGUGGAAGCUAAACUUGAGAGAUUACAUCAAAGAUGUGCUGGCAUGGGUUGCGGGGUGUGAUAUCAGUGUGCUCCAUUCUGAGAUAUAUUAAUCGUAACUUUUGUCAUUAACCAUAGUGUUUGGGCAAUAUCGCCUUCACGUUUGUGUCCAUCCCAGAAACAGACACCGAAAAGGCACUCGCUAUGCCUCAAUCUAAAACUUAACGCCAAACUAUACCUGUGAGUAUGUAUAAUUGAUGCAUGCGUGGGAGACCG